AUGGUUAACAAGUCAGACAAAAAAAGUCUUCAAUAUCGAAGCAAUUUUUACCGUGACAACAGAAAAAAAUGUAAAAUAUUAUUAUUAUCAUCAUCACCAUCCCUCUCCUUCAUUGCUUCUUCAUCUUCUUCUUCUCUUUCUUUUUCUUAUACUUCUUUCUCUUCUCCUCCUUCUUCGUUUUAUACUUCUUCUUCUUCUCUUCCUUCUUCUUCUUCUUCUUCUUCUUCUUCUUCUUCUUCUUCUUCUUCUUCUUUUUUCUCUUAUACUUCUUCAUCUCCUUCUCCUCCGUCUUCUUCUUAUUAUUAUUCUUAUAUUCUUCUUCUUUCUCUUCGUCUUAUACUUCUUCUUCUCCUCCUUCUUCCUCCUAUACUUCUUCUUCCCCGCCUCCUUCUUCAUCUUAUAUUUCUUCUUCCCCUCCUCCUCCUCCUUCUUCAUCUUAUAUUUCUCCUUCUCCUCCUCCUUCUCAUCCUUCUUCUUGUACUUCUUCUUCUCCGCCUCCUUCUUCAUCUUAUAUUCUUCUUUCCCUCCUCCUUCUUCAUCUUAUAUUUCUUCUUUUCCUCCUCCUUCUCCUCCUUCUUCUUGUACUUCUUCUUCUCCGCCUCCUUCUUCAUCUUAUAUUUCUUCUUCUUUUUUCUCUUAUACUUCAUCAUCUCCUUCUCCGUCUUCUUCUUUUCAUUCUUCGUCUUAUACUUCUUCUUCUUCUUCUUCUUCUUCUUCUUCUUCUUUUUUCUAGACCCUUCCUCUACUUCUCUUACGUUUCCCUUCUUCUUUUCUUUCACCUUCAUUUUCUCCUACCACUUCCACCUGUCUCUCAUUUUAACCCUCCUUUAUAUCUCUUACUAUGCCGUUCCUUUCUCUUCCCACUUUCCCUUUCUCCUCCUCCUCCUGUCUAUCAUUCUUUCUAAGACCUUCCUCCAUUUCUCGUCUAUUUCCAUCUUCGUUCUCUUCGCCUUUCUUUUCUCCUCCUACUUUAGCUCGUCACUCUUUUUAACCCCACGUCUAUUUCUUUAUUUGCUUACCCCUUUCCCUCCGGUGGAUUUCUUCUUCUUCUUCUUCUUCUUCUUCUUCUUCUUCUUCUUCUUCUUCUUCUUCUUCUUCUCAGUAUUCGUCUUAUAUUAUUCUUCUUUCUCUUCGUCCUAUACUUCUUCUUCUCCGCCUCCUUCUUCAUCUUAUAUUUUUUCUCCUACUCCUCCUUCUCCUCCUCCUUCUCCUUCUUCUUCUUGUCCUUCUUCUUCUUCUUCGGCUUAUAUUUCUUCUUUUUCCUUUUUCAAAUCUAUCUAUCUAUCUAUCUAUCUAUCUAUCUAUCUACCUAUCUAUCUAUCUAUCUAUCUAUAUAUAUAUAUAUAUAUAUAUAUAUAA